AUGGCGCUGAAGGAAGAAAGAGAGCAACAAUUGAAGCUAGAGCUGGAAAAAGAGAAGUUGGCAGCUGAAAGAGCCAAGGAAGAAAGAGAAGCUAAAGAGCGACAGCUGAAGGAAGAAAGAGAGCAAGAAUUGAAGCUAGAGCUGGAAAAAGAGAAGUUGGCAGCUGAAAGAGCCAAGGAAGAAAGAGAAGCUAAAGAGCGACAGCUGAAGGAAGAAAGAGAGCAACAAUUGAAGCUAGAGCUGGAAAAAGAGAAGUUGGCAGCUGAAAGAGCCAAGGAAGGAAGAGAAGCUAAAGAACGAGAGCUGAAGGAAGAAAGAGAGCAACAAUUGAAGCUAGAGCUGGAAAAAGAGAAGUUGGCAGCUGAAAGAGCCAAGGAAGAAAGAGAAGCUAAAGAGCGAGAGCUGAAGGAAGAAAGAGAGCAACAAUUGAAGCUAGAGCUGGAAAAAGAGAAGUUGGCAGCUGAAAGAGCCAAGGAAGAAAGAGAAGCUAAAGAGCGACAGCUGAAGGAAGAAAGAGAGCAACAAUUGAAGCUAGAGCUGGAAAAAGAGAAGUUGGCAGCUGAAAGAGCCAAGGAAGAAAGAGAAGCUAAAGAGCGCCAGCUGAAGGAAGAAGAGAGCAACAAUUGAAGCUAGAGCUGGAAAAAGAGAAGUUGGCAGCUGAAAGAGCCAAGGAAGAAAGAGAAGCUAAAGAGCGACAGCUGAAGGAAGAAAGAGAGCAACAA